AUGAGGACUUCUUCUGCUGCUUGCUGCAUCGCCGUUAAACCCAUUAUCGCCACACCAGCCUUCAGAGGCAUCAACGUUGUGCGGUCGUGGCUGCCCCCCUGCAGCAGCAGCAGCAGCAGCAGCAGCAGCAGCAGCAGCAGCAGCAGCAGCAGCAGCAGCAGGAGUAGGACAGCAGCAGCAGCAGCAGCAGCAGCAGCAGCAGAAGGAGGAGCAGCAGCAGCAGCAGAAAAAGCAGCAGCAGCAGCAGAAGGAGCAGCAGCAGCAGCAGAAGCGGCAGCAACAGCAGCAGAAGCGGCAGCAGCAGGAGCAACGGCAGCAGCAGCAGAAGCGGUAGCAGCAGAAGCAGCAACAGAAGCAGCAGCAGCAACAGCAGCAGCAGCAGCAGCAAACAUAUAUCCACAUAAGAACUAUACACCCGCCAUGAUUUCAGUUAUUACUUUCGUGUCGCUGCAGCAGCAGAAAGUUUAG